GCCGAGCGCGCUUCCGCUUCCUCUUCCGGCUCGGGCGGUGUCAGGUGUGAAAAAUGGUUCAGCGCCUGACCUACCGCCGUAGGUUGUCCUACAACACAGCUUCCAACAAGACCAGGCUGUCCCGAACACCUGGGAACAGGAUUGUUUACCUUUACACCAAGAAAGUAGGGAAGGCACCAAAGUCAGCGUGUGGUGUAUGCCCAGGGAGACUUCGUGGUGUUCGUGCUGUGCGUCCUAAAGUUCUUAUGAGGCUGUCGAAAACAAAGAAGCAUGUCAGCAGAGCCUAUGGUGGUUCCAUGUGUGCUAAGUGUGUCCGCGACAGGAUCAAGCGAGCUUUUCUUAUUGAGGAGCAGAAGAUCGUCGUGAAAGUGUUGAAGGCACAAGCACAGAGCCAAAAGUCCAAGUGAAUCUGUUUGUAUUUUCUGCCCAAUAAAUGAAAGUUCCACUU